GGUGUCCAAGGCUUCGAUCUGACUAAGGAGAAUUCGCGGUUGCGAUAUACUCCGAUAACGAUAUGUCAGGAAGAGUUAGUGUACCAUAAAAAUAUCAAUUAUGAGGAACGUGGGAUAAGAUUCCCGAGGUUCAUCGAGCAAAUGUUCGAUAACCCCUUUUAUGGUGAGUAUUUUGGUGGCUAUCCAGCGCCGGCACCAUUCAAAGUCAAGUUCAUCGAAAAUCCGAAGUCGAAAGUGAAGGUCUUUAUUGGUGUGACUAUGUAUCAAGAGCCCUGUGGUGGACUGGAUGAUAUUAGGAAGGCGGGUACGACUUUCAUCAGAAUGAACCCGGAUGCUGAUCGUCCGGAAGGUUUCGCAGAACAGGCUAAGGAGUCUGGUGGAGUGCCCGGCACGCUGGUGGGCAUACUGCAAAAUAUCCGUAAAUUCGUGGACCAAACCAAAUACAACUGGGAUGAGAUUUGCGUUUGUCUGCUCGCGGACGGUCGGACGAGGAUUGAUGGACGAUUCAAUAACCUUGUUGCUCUGCAGCGGAUGGGCAUCUAUCUUGAUUUGGAAGAGAUGUACAGAGAAA